UAAAAGGGGAGAGGAGAAGAAUGUCUCUCUUUCUCUGAACUUAGGUAUGUGUGAAUGGCUGCUAGCUAGCAUGGUGGAAAGCUGUCCACUCUCAUUGUCUUUCUCCAAAAAUAGCAACUCAGAAUUCCAAUCUCUUGAAUUUUCUAUUCCAGUUGAGUAAAUCAUCUUUCUCCUUCACUUCACUCCACUUUACUUCCAUCUUCCACUGUUUGCAAACUCUCUCUCUCUCAAACACUGCCUUUCCUUUUCUCGCUCCCUCUUUCUCUUUCAGUAUACUUUUCCCGAUUCUCUAUUUUUCCCUCCUUCAACUCUGCUUCAGCAACCUCACACCCUCUUUGUCUUCACCAUAUUCACCUAUUUGUUUUCUUCUACGUUUCUUUCCCUCUUCUUUUCACGUGCUCUUCUCACACCUUGUCCCUUUCUGCUUCUUCUCUCGCGGCUUCUUCUUUCCUUCUUUAAUCCCUUUGGUUUCUCCAAAAUCCAAGACCUUCAUGUCUUUAGGAGAGUAAAUUCAUUGUCUUUCUUUGUUGGGUAAUGUAAAAUAAUGCUUUUUCAGUGGCUACCUUUCUGCUCAACUCCGGCAACAUGACCCCAAAUUCCAGCUCUGCCUGGCCAUAGCCAAUUAGGAACACUGUUCGGAUACUAUUUAAGAGUCAAUUGUUGUUUGGUCCUGUCUAAUUGUCUUGCACCUACCCUUGUUCUUUUGCAUGUGAUGGAAUCUUGGAGCUUUGUCCCUGAAGAAAAGGAGAGUGUCUCCAAUGAGGCACUAUCCCCUCCCAACACUCUCGGGAGGACCAUAAAUUCUUUCUUGGGCUGGGAACUAAAAACCCCAUGUGGUUUUUCCAACGACAUGUUGGGUUUGGGUCAGCACCCCAUUGAGAAUCAAGGUUUUGAAGAAUUGGGUUUUCCUGAAAUGUUGGGCAAACACUUGUCCGAUGAUCUAAUUGCUAGUGUUUCAAGCAGAAAGGUGGAUGCUGGUAGACAUCAACAGCACCAACACAGUGACAGAAUCACUGGAACUGUUGUGGAUGCCCCAAGUGGCUUUUCUCAAAGAGGGGACUCAAAUUCCAAGCUUUCAAACUCAAAUUCCCUCAUUGAUUUGAAACUGGGUCGAUUUGCUGACCAUGGAGAUGCCAUUGAUGCGGGGUUUUCCAAAGUUUUGUCUUCUUCCGAGUCAUCAACGCCUCCCAAGAGAGUGAGAGUUUCGGGGGUUCACUCGCAGACUGCUUAUUGCCAAGUCUAUGGCUGUAACAAGGAUCUCAGCUCCUGCAAAGAUUACCACAAGAGGCACAAAGUGUGUGAGGUUCACUCCAAGACUGCUACCGUUAUAGUCAAUGGUAUUGAGCAAAGGUUUUGCCAGCAAUGUAGUAGGUUUCAUUUGCUGGCUGAAUUUGAUGAUGGUAAGCGAAGCUGCCGUAAACGCCUUGCAGGUCAUAAUGAGCGUAGAAGAAAGCCACAAAUGGGGAUUCACCCCGGAAAGUCUGGGAGGUUGCUUCAGCCAUGUGGGGAUAGCAGAUUCCAGGGAUCCAUGCUAACAUCAUCCUUUAUCCGCCCAGAGAUGCUUCCUAGUGGGGUCAUGUGUUCUGAGAAAUAUGGUGUGAGUAGCUUCUGGCGACCUAUCAAAGCUGAACACGGGACUGGUUUUAGGCAUCUUUCUUCUAUGCCUGUAUCCAAUGGACAUCCUCAGUCAAGAUCUUUGUUCCCAUCAUAUAACGGAAAACAAUUUCCUUUUCUUCAUGAAAAUUGUGCAACGUCCACCACAGGAAGCAUCUUCUGUGAGAGCAAUAGCCACUAUCCACCUGCCCUUGGGGCACAAAAUUCUGGGUUAAGACCACUAUUCCAGGAUACCAUAGGAAAUGAGGACUUCAAUGUUUUUGAUACAGCAUCAACUGUUCAAGGAUUAUCGGGGAUUUCAGACUCUUGUUGUGCUCUCUCUCUUCUGUCAUCUCAAUCCCAGAACUCUUCAAGCCAAUCAUCAGGAAUUCCCUUGGCUCACUCCAUGGUUAUUCCAAGCGGUCAUGGCCAUCACUACAACAUGAGUCAGGUCUCUGAAAAGAUAGGAAUAAGCUCACAGACUUCUUCAAGCCGAGUGUCAGAUAGUUUUCCUUCAGAACUAAAUCAUGCAGAUGGAAGUCAUCUCAGUCCUGUGUUAAUAUCAGACCAUAAUGAUAUUGUAAACUUUGAUAUGGCAGAUGGUAUAUUCCAUGGUUCAGAAUUCAUGAAUGUUAAGGAUCGACUUCCCUGCGAAGAUGGUGCAACCAUAGACUUGCUACAAUUGUCAUCACAGCUUCAGCGAGUUGAGCAUGAGAGGCAAUCCUUGCAGGUGAAGCAGGAGAAUGAUUCUUCUUGCACACUGCGGAUUACAUAAAAUACUUUGCAAGAGGUACGUUUUCCUGUUUUUGUGAAAAUUUGGUGAUCCAAUUUCAUUAUGCAGAUUACGUGGGCACUUUGCUGAAGGUAAACUUGUGGUUAACACUACACACACCAUGCACUAGCUCUAUACAUGCUUCUUCCAUUCCUCUACUUUCGAGGAAAAUGGAAAAAUAAAUCUGGGGCUCUAUUUUAAAAUGAGUAAUUAAAUUAUUUGAACUAACACCAUCAGUGAAAGAAACGUUUUCUUAUUCAAUUUUUUUUACUAAAUUGUUGAUCUUUAACAUAGGCGUAAAAUCUGUAAAAUCGAUGUAUUGUGACAUCAAUAACAUCUUGCAUUGUCAAACUCAUUAAUUCUUGUGACAUUAUCAAUAUAUUAUUGAAUUGAAGUAUAGAACAAAUUUACACUGAUAAUGCAUAAAAUUAAACUCCAUCUCACUUGCAUGAUACUCUUUGUUGUGUAAUGAUUAAUUAGGCAUCAAGUGAUUCAACAUAAACGGAAUCUAGAGGAUGAAAAUUUGAUUUUUUUAUUUAAUGCAGGAAAAGGGUCGUGCAUCAUGCGAGGGUCAUCUUAGAAAACGUAGGCCACAGUGAAAUUGAAUCUUCAAAUGGUGCUAUUUUCAUCUGUUGCUAACUCUUUAAUGUAGUUUGCUUGUGCUGAUUCGGUUCAAGAACUUGUCUGCAGAAUAACUGAUGUACUAAACACGUCAGAGGCUACAUCUAUGUGAUAUUAGUUAGGACGCAAUUGUCCCAAGUGUAAUAUAUCCAUCUGGAUGUAAUAAACAAAAGCCUUAGAUGUAUGAAAAUAUGCUUGUCAUGGCCUAAACAUUUCAAACCAGGACAACUGUUUACUGGAAUUGACGUUCGAUUUCGUGCCAACUUUGGCAAUGACAUUUUUUGUCGUACUGAAA